AUGAUUGGAGGGGAAGGGAAGAAAGCUAAGUUGGACUUGGACAUGUUUGGCGCAGGGCAGCUGGUAUCCUCUCUCCUUCCUGCAGUUUUCCAUUCACCUGCAGCUCAUUUUUUUCCUGCCUUCCCAGCCAGACUGGGCUCUCAACCUCAGUUCCUGAUCCCAGGGCCUUUUAUCAGCUACGAAUCCCUGAGGAAUUAUCUGCAGCCAGAGCUCUGCAAGGAAGCUUUGCUCCUGGCCACACAGGCGGUUGGGAUUGGGCCACUCACAGAGAGCAUAGAUGAACAGAGGCCAGUGAAGCAGCGUCGUGCACGGGCCAACUACAGCAGCUGGCAGCUGGAGGAGCUGGAGAAGGCAUUCGAGACCACCCACUACCCGGACAUCUUCAUGAGGGAAGCCCUGGCCCUCAGACUGGACCUUAUUGAGGCCAGAGUCCAGGUUUGGUUUCAAAACCGCCGUGCAAAAAUGAGACGGCAACUGAAACUCCAGGGCCAGUGUCCAGGGCCUUAUGUGAAAAGGGACAAUGAUGAAACAUCUGCGAAAGCGAGCAAGAGUUUAAAACACACAGAGAGAUCGGACGGUGAGCACUGGGAGAAACAACAGGAAGCUGAAGGUUAUCCAUGGACAACCCAGAAGUUGGGGAAGUGGGAGAGGCCGGAGGGGCCGAGCUCAGAGGAGCUCCGCUCCUGCAGCAUUGCUAAGCUGCGGGCCAAAGCCAGAGAGCACGAGGCUGAGAUCCACGGCAAUGUAAGCAUGUCAGGAGGCACCAAACAGUCACAAACACAGGAAACUGAUGCCACGCACAAUGACUGA